AAUUGUUAUUGUGAAUUGAGAGAUGGUGUCUAUGUGAAGAGUGUUUGAAAGAGGUUUAAUGAAAGAGUCCAACAAUCAGUAAGGUAAUGAGAGUGUAUGUGUUGGGUGCAGACCCUCUGGUUUGUUUGAGACCUCAUUGACAUUACAGAGAAUGUCAGAGCCCCUGCCUGUCCCUCCUGAAUUGUACGAGGAGUCCGAUCAUCGCCUAUGGAUAGGAAAUUUGGACUCCAGACUAACAGAGUUCAGCUUACUGAAGAUUUUACAAAAGUUUGGAUCCUUGAAAAAGUUUGACUUUUUAUACCACAAAUCUGGACCUGAGCAGGGAAAACCUAGAGGAUACUGCUUUGUCAGUUAUGAGAGCAAAGAGAAUGCAGAGCGUGCCAUUGCUAAAAUGAAUGGGAAAUUGGCUCUAUCCAAACGACUGAUUGUUAAAUGGGCUCAUAAAGACCCAGCAGAAGAUCAGAAACCCAAGUCAUGUGACAAAGACAGCAUUGCAAAGGAAGAUGUUUUAAGUCCUCAGAGCAAAAUUAAAGCAAUAGAAGCUAAGCUGCAGAAAAUGCAAGAAGACGGAAGUGCAUCCUCAGACUUGAAACCAUUGCCUGGUACCAGUCGAUUAAGCAUGAUUCAAAGAGAGGCUAGAAAGAUGGAGCAAGCCAAUGCUAAUAAACAAACUAAAAAACCAUACAAGAGAUGACAGACCUUGUUGAAUUGAGUACUUUACAAAAUACCAAGCCAACUUGAAAUGUGGCUUAAAAGUCAGUCUGACUUUCCGAUUACUACAAAUUGGAAGGUCAUCCAGGUUCAAUAUCUGUGCGAACAAAACUGAGCUAGAGUUUAACUCUGCUUGAGAAAAAAAAAUCAACUCAAAGUAGAAUAUGAUGUCUUUGUUGACAUCUGUCAUAAAGUUUAUGUUAACUUCAAAUACUGUCUGACAUGACGUCAAAAAGAAAUAAAUACUCAACAAUUAU